UGUAUGGCGGGGUGGAAUAGAUGCUCUCCAGGUUACCACUGAUCGGGAUCUGUUUGUCUCAUGUGCAGAUGCAGGAAGGGAAGAUUAUGGAACGGAGGAAGAAGAUCGCCCUGGAGUUGUCAGAACUGGUCGUUUAUUGCCGUCCGGUGCCCUUUGAUGAGGAGAAGAUCGGCACGGAGAAGGCCUGUUACCGGGACAUGUCUUCCUUCCCGGAGACGAAGGCCGAGAAAUACGCCAACCGCAGCAAGGGGAAGAAAUUCCUGCAGUACAACCGGCGCCAGCUCAGCCGCGUCUACCCCAAGGGGCAGCGCCUCGACUCCUCCAACUACGACCCCUUGCCCAUGUGGAUCUGCGGCAGCCAGUUGGUUGCCCUUAACUUCCAGACUCCCGGUAAAUUCGCUUUAAUCUUGA